AGCAGUAGGUACGGCGCGCGCCGAUUCCGCGGCACACAGUCGGAGGUUCAGACCCGCGAUAUAUUAUAUAUAUUACUGCAGAUCUCGCGAAACGCGAACGCCGACUCGAUCGAAUGAAGACGAGAUAAGACGCCCGCAGUUUGCUCGCAUCCCGUCACAGUUGGUGAUGAACAUCGCGCGUGAUGCAUCGCUUAGCCGUCGCUUAAUGUAACAACGAGUAAGGGAGAGACCGUAAACCGGAUUUCACACCCCGAAUUCUUCGAAACAGUCUUGACUUCCUGUUCCGCGCGCGUAAGACCGAAAACUCAAAAUCACGUAGUGUUGUGACUUCGCACUCAAGAGAGAAUUUUCACUUAAAAAACAGAAAAAGUCUCACAACACUGACAGCUCUCUCGAUCUCUCAAGUUUUCCGGAGCAAGAAGGAGCGAACGCGAGGAAGAAUUGUAAUCGUGAAGAAAAAGAGGCAGUAAAACUCUCAGUGGAAUAAAGAAGCAAAACGCACACGUGAAGACUACCAUCAAUUCUACUUCUAUAUCAUCACGUUUGAAGAGCUCGAGUCUUUAUUGUGAGAAACCAGUCUAAAUGUGUUCGAUAGCGAUGCCAGCCGAACUGAUCCUGGGGCACAGUCCUCCGGUGUACAGCUCCUUCCUGUACAGCCCCCUCGUGGUAACAGCGCCCACGAUAACCAACAGAUCCGUGUCACGCAGAAUCAGACCGUGUCUCUCCUCGGGAUCCUUGCCUCUGGACUCACUGCGGAAUAGUAACGAUGGCAGCAAGCAGAAGAAACGAGUGGUGUUUGCCGACGAUCGUGGUCGUCCGCUCACGCAGGUUCGCGUGAUGACCGAACCGAGCAACAUGCCGCCGCUCUGGAGCACCGCUUACGUAGCCGGUCUGACCAGAGGUCUGCUGUUCAGUUCGUCGAAGGACCACGAUCAGGACACGGCGCAAGACACAACGCCGCCCUGGCAGCUGACCUUUCCGCAACCGGCGAGCGACUAUCUCGCUUUCCGUCAGAAGCUCGAUCAGAACAACGUCUGCCUGGAGAACGUCAUUCUGCGCGAGUCCGAGCAAUGCCUGAUCGGCACGGUGAAGGUGCGAAAUCUCGCGUACGACAAGGAGGUUGUGGUGAGAGUCAGCAAUGACUCCUGGACCACUCACGAGGACGUUUACUGCACGUACGUGGAGCAACCGGGGUCAGCCGGUGCUCUAAUCCUGUACGACACCUUCCGCUUCCGACUUACCUUACCUGUAGCGUCAAACAUCAUCGAGUUCUGUGUGCGAUACCGCACCGAUGGAAAGGAAUGGUGGGACAACUACGACGGCAAAAACUAUUUGAUUCGCAAGAAGCAGGAGCCAAGAGUGCCGACCGCGCGACUCGACAACAGCCAGACGAAUUGCAACGGACUUUCGAACAACGACGAGACGAAAAACGGCACGCCGCGUAUUUCCGAAGCCACCAGAUUAAACAUGCGCACUUGGAGCGAGUUUGCGUCCUGGCAUCAUCUGACAAACGAUACUCCCUAUUGGUGAAUUUCUCGGCGAGGAGGCCGUGCCCCCUCGUUCUGAUGUGAAUUUGAUUAAAAAUCAUCUGUACGAAGCUGUACACAAAACUUUUCCAGUGUGUUCCUUCCUCUGGUAAAAUCCGCCGAGACGUAGAUUACGCGGGACCACUUAUCCAAGGCAUCCAGCUAGGCAGCAGCGAGAAUCACCAGUGAUGACGGGAGUGAAGUGGGUGAGGACGAGAACACGAGAGGGGAGAAGCUGCGCGACGACGAUCCCGAAUUCGAAAGAACGAGGAAAUAAGACAAGCGCGCGUUUCUGCAGAAAAACCAACAACGGGACGUUGAUAACGAGACAGCGCAGAGUGGUGCGGACCACUCCGCGCACGGAUAACACAAUCUGCACGAUCCCAGCACCCGCAGCGUCUCAUCGACCGGAUCAUCGAGGUCGUCCAGCGUCCGUUCUUCAGGUCUAUGUUAGCGUUCGUCAGCACGGUUAUCGUCGCACGUUAUAUCUUCUCAAACGUUCUUUUCUUCCUCCUUUACUUUCUCAUUACUGGAGAUUUUCGGCUUGCCUUCCGGAUCCGAAACAAGUCCAACGUUGACCGGGCUUUCAUCUUUGCGUCGGUCAGAUCUCGCUGAUCUCGUCUUAUCGGUCAAUAUUAUAGUUCCUGGAAGCUUUUUCUUUCUGUUUCUCUUUCCUUGUCUCUUCCUGUUCUUUAUGCUCUGAUGCAAGAGGAAUUCACUCUCUCUUUCUCUUUCACUUCUUUUUCUUCUUCUUCCUCGUUAUUCCUAACACUAUCCUUUUCGCGGAACACAGAUUCUCAAUCGAAUGCGUUAAUUUACUUUACGAAUAUACAAAUGACAAGAGAGAAAUACAUAUGUACAUAGUCUCAGUAGUUAGUACUUGUGAGAUCGCACAAAACUCUAUCCCACGAUGUAUGUCUUAGUGUGUAAAUUGAACUUUGUUUCGUAGUGCUAUUGCAUCUUGUUACCUUUUUCGAGCGUUUUGUGUCGAAUGCCUUUUUUUCAGCCUUCAACGCAUUCGCACUUUGGUUGUCACAUUGUCUGGAUAAUGCUUGCGCCAUCGAGUGUUGUAGAAAAUGUUGCAUUCGUAAAUUCCGACUGCAAAGAAAAACCGCGAGAUAAAGCUUUUUGCGAUAGAUAUUCGCAGAGAGAAAGAGCGACGAUGAGCACAGCGGUUCCUAUAACCAAUUGAUUUGUGAAAACUCUAAGGAAAUAAAAUUAUAUCGAUAUAAAAAAAAAGAUAGAUACGUAAUGAACUGAACAAUGUGAUAUAUUUAGUAAAGUAAUCUGACGAUAUUAUAUUUUUAUAUGAUCGUUUUCUUGAGUAUUCACAAAUUAAUGAUCGGUUCACGAGACUUCUCCGUAAAACUUCUCCGUGAGAACGCUUGAAAAUCGUUCAGGCACGACGACACCACUUUCUGACACUCAAGCUUCUUUACUGCCAAUUAGUCGUUCGAGAGUGUUUUUUUUUUUUUUUUUUUAUAUCUUGCAUAUAUCCAGCAAGCUUUCACGUAGAGGAGUUGACUCUUUGUAAUCCACUAUUUUAAUGGUUUUUCUUCCGCAGUGCUUUUUCACAAUGUUGAUACUUCGUUGAAAAUCCUUCUGAAACUGUUUCUUUCUCGUAGAGUUUCUCAGUAGAAAACGAAUGCAUGUUUUUCCGGUGUGUGUACGAAACGGUGUGAUGUGUUGUUAUGUACUUGUUUCUGUUAGUCUAACUUUCGCGUGAAAACGAAAGCAACAUUCAACUGCUUAGAAAUUUGAGUUUUGCUUUCAGGAACGACAGAACGCGCGCCAACCAGAGGCGACAUUGCUUUCGCGCCCAAUCUAAAUUGUAGAAACUGCCGCCGGGAGAAACAUCCGCCUGUGCGCGAGAGGGCUGUAACUAAUGAUUUAUAGACGUUAUUGUUGCGUCUCCCCCGCAUCGCCGAACAUCGACGUUUGCUUUCUCUGCCGAUGGGAAAUUUUUCGAUCUGUUCUUUCGAAGCGAGUAAACGACAGAGCUCCGUAUUCUCGCAUCACGUCUUCUUUACCUGGUAACGGGAUGAUUUUUUUUUUUUUGUUUGUUGUUGUUUUGACCUUCGAUGUGUCUUUUCUUCAUUAAAUUAGUUUUCCACGUUUCUUUUUAGAUUCUCUUUUUUAUAUAUUAGACCUUAGGUUUUUUUGCCGAGAGAGAUAUAUCGAGUGUUAAUGUACGGUUGCGUGAGUGUGUUGAACUUGAUGAUGAAGAUAUAUGUAUACUUUUGUGUAUUAUAUUCUUACGAAGAUGAUUUUACGUUUUAUUUCCGUGAAUGAAGUUACUCAUGUGAAAAAACAAGUUAUCAUAAGUUUAAGUAGUGCGACAUUUGAUCAAGUCUACGACGAUUUUGUGCAUAUAUGUAUGUACUAUAUUUUAGUAUGUACUAGUAUUCAUUGUAGCGCGCGACUUGAUUGCGAAGAAACAUAAGCGCGAGAUACGAUCGUGUCUCUAGACACAUGCUACAUGGUUCACACUAGUAUGAUCGUCACGAGAAAGAAAGAGAGAAAGAGCGAGGGAGAGAUCUUUAAAAAUGAAUUAAACUUGAAGCGGGCACAAGUGUAAUAUAUCUCUUUAGCACGUCGACUGUUUUGUUAAGUUUUUUGUAUAUAUAGAAUUUGAAAUACUGGUUCUUUUUACAUAUCGUGUCACACGCGGAAUCAGUAGGUAUUUUAGCUCAGAGAGUGCAUAUCACAUUUUAUAUAACUUCCACUCUCAUUUUCAAGAAAUGUUAUAUAGCCAUUAAUCACAUAAAACAAUUACGAAGUAACUAAAAUUAAAAGCACUUUGCAAACAAAUAUUGCGGAAUGUACAUGGUAACGGCUAGUCUUAUAGCAAGAGGAAGCCACUUUGCGCUCUAUAAUAAUCCCAGCGUGAGAUCCUCGCGGCCGCGUAUGUACGCGUGUUGUUUUCUUUCGAGAGCUUUAAGACUGAUAAAAACUUAAACCGCGCGUACAUAAAUGUAAAUUAUAAGCGUAUUAAGGAGAUUUUAAUCGCGUCUCACAACGAAAGGAUCUUAUUUCAGUGGACAAUUGUAAGAAUUCUCGGAUGUUUACCAUAAGAUGUUUUUUUUUUUUUUAUCGCUCACUGUUGAUUGAACUCUUGUUAACUUUUUUCAUUUACCGUAUUUUCCCUUCAUACAUGUUGAUUUUCCACUUACCCCCUAUACAUAUAUUUUUUUAAUGUUUAUAAUAAUUUUAUAAUAUAUACAUAUAUACGUAUACGAGAGUGUGCGAGAAAGUGUGAAAAUGUACACUAGAUAAUUAACAAAUGUUUGUGACAUCGUUUUUAUUUGUUCCUCUUUUUAUCUCAAUCGUAGGGAUCGAAUGUUAUGUCCUAUUUUUACAGCAUGAUAACAAAUUAAUUGUAAAUAUAUAUAUAUUAUAUCGUAUUUGUUCUUGUGAAUGAAUUAGGAUACAUUUCCAGUGCGUCAAAUAAGUUCCAGUGAUUAUUGUAUCGGGUCGUAUGUGUAUAUACAAAGUUUGGGUAAUAACAUUGUAAAUACCAAUAUAUGAUUAUUAUCUUUUUGCAAU